CUAGGAAGAAGAGUAUAAAUGGUGAGGAAAAAAGUUUCCUUUUUUGCGGUACCCAUUUCAAAGGCAUCGGAUAAAGUUGGAAGAAACGGGGCGAGUGGGACCCCUCCCUGAUCAAGAACAUCUUGAAGGAAAAUCGAAAAUCAAUUCUUUGCUUCUCUGGUUAGAUCCCAAAACGUCUCCUCUCUGUCUCUCCGCUUCUUCAUCACUUCCUCCCUUUUUUUCUUUUCCUCUUCCAGCUGCACUCUUCUUCCGAAAUCAAAUCCCAGAAUCAGAAUAAGCUUCUCCAUCUGCUUUGAUAAAACAAAAAGGUGCAAAUCUAAUGGAAGGCAUUAUAGUUAGAAGAGUCAUUCCUUCAGACAACAGUUGCCUCUUCAAUGCUGUUAGUUAUGUAAUGGACCAUGACAAGAAAAAGGCUUCAGAGCUAAGACAGGUUAUUGCAGCAACAGUUGCCAGCGAUCCAACGAAGUAUUCUGAAGCUUUUCUUGGGAAGCCCAAUCAAGAAUAUUGUGAAUGGAUUAUGAAUCCAGAUAAAUGGGGCGGUGCCAUAGAGCUUUCAAUUUUGGCAGAGUAUUACAGUCGCGAAAUUGCUGCUUAUGAUAUACAGACUACCCGUUGUGAUUUGUAUGGGCAGGAAAAUAAUUAUCCUGAAAGAGCACUGCUGAUUUAUGAUGGACUCCAUUAUGAUGCUUUGGCUAUGUCCCCUUCCCAAGAGGCUCCAGAGGAGUUUGACCAAACAAUUUUCGGGGUGCAGAAGGACCGCACCAUUGGCCCUAUCGAAGCGCUGGCCCUUAACCUUGUCAAAGAUCAGCAAAGGAAAAGGAGCUAUACAGAUACUGCCAACUUCACGUUACGCUGCGGAGUUUGCCAAAUUGGAGUUGUGGGACAAAAGGAGGCUGCUGAGCAUGCACAAGCAACUGGACAUGUUAACUUUCAAGAAUACAAAUGAAGUUGUUUUACAGGAAAUAGUUUUGUUUCAUUAUGUAGUUGGAAUUGAAGAACUCUUUUAAUUUUUAUUUUUUUAUGAAAGAAAGAAAAAGUGCACACUUAUAUUACACACAGAAUGACAAAGAUGAGUCUAAAACACUGAUGAGGUAAGUUCAAUAUGUUUUUGGCUCUGAAACACUAAUUUACAUGUGCUAAAAACAUGAAUUCUUGUACUCUUUUCUGUAUUGUUUACUUCUUUUG